UGUGUCAGUUUCGCAUAGUGUGGCAAGAAUUUGGUGAACGCGUUUUUUAUUCGCGUAUAUUAAUCGCUGUUCGUGGUUUGAUUCCUUUUAUCUCACGAAUAUCGUAUAAAAUUUGUACGUGUGGCAAUUUUAGGCAGGGUACACAUUCGGGAGAUACCCUUUUUCUAGCUUCGGUCGUCGUUUCAGUGGUUUCGCGUACUCGCGGUUACGGUGUGCAUUCGUCGUGCGGUGGUUUUCGGUCUCUGGCCUACUACGUACCCGUUGUCUGGUUCCACGGUUUGUAUCCUUCAAGCUGAGUUCCUCCGGCAGCAAUCGUCGUCAUUACCAUCCGAAGUGGUCCGCGUUCGCUACUCCAAGUAAACCGCUCAAUAAACGAUGGGUAAGGCGAAGAAGGGUAAAAAAGAUGCCACGGUUGCCGGUACCGGCGAGGACGGCUCCGACGUUGAGGUGAAGCAAACUGAGCUGACCGAAACGGAAGUGGAAAAUCGGAAGAAUGAUAAGAAGAAGAAAGACAAGAAAUCAAAGAAAGUUGACAGUGAUCCCGAGGAAGUCGAAGAAAAUGUAGAGGAUGUCACUGAGGAGAUAAAAAAGCUAUCCGUUGAUGGUAAGCAGCAGAAGGGGGACAAGAAAAAAACCAAGAAGGCUGAGAAAAAGGAAGAGUCUCCGGAAGAUACUGCCAAUGGUGAUGAAGAUGAUGAUGGUGGAAAGAAGGCAAAAGGUAAAAAGAAAAACAAAGCAGGCGCUUCUGGAGGUCCAGUCGGGUUUUCGCUGUUGAUGGCUGAUGAUGAUGAGGAUGUUGGUGGGGACGUUAAGGAUGAUGACGAAGAAGAUGAGGCCCCCAAAAAAGGAAAGGCCAAAGGCGGCAAGAAGCAACAAGUCAAGGAUGAGGACGAAGAGGUACCACAGAAAAGUGGUAAGAAGAGCAAAAAGGAUAAGAAAAAGAAGGGAGGAAAUAGUGAUGAUGAGGACAUUGAAAAAAUGCUUGCCGAAUUAGAAAUGGAGUAUUCGGGAGCUAAGCCACCCGCAAGUGAGGAAGCGCCAGCUGCUGUUGAACAGACCGAGCCAACUGAAAAGAAGAAGAACAAGAAAGACAAGAAAAAGAAGGAAGAAACUCCAGAAGCUGAACCGGAAGAAAUUGCGGAAGGUGAAAUUCGCAUUAAAACGGCAGCCGAAAAGCGCAAGGAAAAGAAAGAACGUCAAAAGAAGGAAGCGCAAGCUGCCAAGCAGCAGGAAGCCGAUGGCCCCAGCCAAGUGACCGCAGAGAAAGAGUCAACGCCUAUAGCUGGCCCGGAAGAAUCUGCACCGGCAGUUGGCGAAGGUAAAAAGAAGAAAAAGAAGGGCAAGAAAGAUGAAUCGGAAAAGGCACCCGAAGGUUCUGUGAUUGAGGUUAAAUCCGUUGAACAAGCACCGGAAGGUGAAAAAGUAACGGAAACCGUUGGAAAAGAUGCUGAAAAGAAGAAAAAAGGCCCUAAUAAGGCUGCGCUUGCUUUGAUGCAGGAGCGCUUAAAGGCAAUUCGUGAAGAAGAGGAACGUUUAAAACGAGAAGAAGAGGAAAAAAUUAGAUUAGCCGAAGAAGCCGAAAAGUAUCACCAGGAGCAAUUACGGUUAGAACAGGAGAAAAAAGAUCGAAAAAAACUAAAGGAGAAAGAACGCAAGGAGCGCUUGAAGGCUGAAGGAAAGCUAUUGACUGCCAAACAAAAACAGGAUCGAAUGCGAGCUCAAGCGAUGUUGGACGCUCUAAAAGCACAGGGAGUUGAAAUUCCGGAGGCUGGAGUCGAGAAAAAGGUCCGGUUGGGUACCAGAAUCCGUCCGAAGAAAAAGGAUGAUGCUGCAAAGGAAGGAGAAUCAAAGGAGCAAAGUCCAACGGUUGAGGAGCAACAGAAAAUCGAAGCUGAAAAAGCCGAAGAAAAGGUGAAAAUCGACGAAGUCAAAGAUUCGUGGGAUGCUUCUGACAGUGAGGAAGAAUUGGAAGAACCGGAAACAGAAGCUCCGGUUCCGAAGAAGAAACCAGGAGCUGCCUCAAAAUCUAAGCAUGAGGAAUCUGACGAAGAAGAGGACGAAGAUGAUUCCGAGGAUGAGGACUCCGAAGAAGCAACAGAAAGCGACAGCGACUCCGAGGAAGAUACUCGCCCGGAGGCUGAAAAAAUGCGGCAACGUGCUUUAGAACGAAUUGCAAAAAGAACGCAGGAUGCAGAGAAGAAACGUGAUAUCGAAAAUUUACGGGCGGCAGUUGUUUGCGUACUUGGCCAUGUCGAUACAGGAAAGACAAAAAUCCUGGACAAACUUCGUCGGACUAAUGUGCAGGACGCUGAAGCCGGUGGAAUCACACAGCAGAUUGGAGCUACAAACGUUCCAAUAGAAAAUAUUAAAGAGCAAACCAAAUUUGUCAAAGGGUACCCCGAAACAAUCUUCAAAUUACCCGGUCUGCUAAUUAUCGACACUCCCGGGCACGAAUCGUUCAGCAAUCUGCGUAGUCGCGGUUCUUCACUUUGCGACAUCGCUAUUCUUGUGGUUGACAUUAUGCAUGGUCUCGAACCGCAAACUAUUGAAUCAAUCAACCUCCUCAAGUCCAAGCGAACCCCGUUCGUGGUAGCUCUCAACAAAAUCGAUCGCUUGUACGAUUGGAGCACCAUGAACCGCAAGGAUGUUCGCGAUAUUAUUAAAGGGCAAGCUUCCAACACGCAGCUUGAGUUUACCCAGCGCACAAAGGAGGUCAUAGUCCAGUUCGCCGAGCAGGGUCUGAACGCCGCUCUGUACUAUGAGAACCCGGACCCAAAAACCUACAUUUCUCUGAUUCCGACCAGUGCCAUUACCGGCGAAGGCAUGGGAAAUUUGCUCUUUCUGAUUGUUCAGUAUUGCCAGAAACAGCUCGCCAAACGGCUUAUGUUUAGCGAAGACCUACAGGCAACGGUGCUAGAGGUAAAAGCCAUCCCUGGUUUGGGAACCACGAUCGAUGCUAUUUUGAUCAAUGGAAAACUGCGUGAAGGCGAUACCAUGAUUUUAGCCGGUACGGAAGGACCGAUUGUGACUCAGAUUAAAGCGCUGCUCAUGCCACAGCCGAUGAAGGAACUGCGCGUUAAGAAUGCAUACGUCGAGCACAGGGAAGUUAUGGCUGCUCAGGGUGUGAAGAUUGCUGCCAAGGAACUGGAGAAGGCAAUCGCCGGAUUGAAUCUGCAGAUUGCCCAGAAGCCUGAUGAGGUGGAGAUAUUCAAAGAUAUUGUGGCACGUGAUUUGAAAACCGUUCUUAGCAGCAUUAAACUAAGCGACCGUGGUGUUUAUGUGCAGGCGUCUACGCUUGGUUCGUUGGAGGCGUUGCUGGAGUUCUUAAGGACUUCUAAAAUUCCGUACUCUGGUAUUCGAAUCGGUCCUGUCGUCAAACGAGAUGUUAUGAAGGCCUCAACUAUGCUGGAGCACGAGAAUCAGUACGCUACGAUUCUCGCCUUCGACGUCAAGGUGGAACGUGACGCGCAGGAGCUUGCCGACAGUCUGGGCGUGAAGGUAUUCCAGGCGGACAUUAUCUACCAUUUGUUCGAUAAAUUCACGGCCUAUCGGGAUGAGAUCAAGCAGCGUAAGCGUGAGGAAUUCAAAACGAUCGCAGUGUUUCCUUGCAAAUUAAAGAUUUUACCUCAGUUCGUGUUCAACUCACGUGAUCCAAUUGUGAUGGGUGUCAUCGUAGAAGCAGGCGUAGUGAAGGAGGGAACACCGAUUUGUGUGCCAAAUAAAGAGUUUGUUGAACUAGGCGUGGUGACGUCGAUCGAAGCUAAUCACAAACAACUUGAGACUGCCAGGAAGGGACAGGAAGUGUGUAUAAAGAUUGAACCGAUCCCUGGCGAAACGCCCAAGAUGUUCGGGCGGCAUUUCGAUGAAAAUGAUAUGCUAGUUAGUAAGAUAUCCCGUCAAAGUAUUGACGCCUGCAAAGACUACUUCCGUGACGAUCUGCUAAAGUCGGACUGGGCCCUAAUGGUGGAGUUGAAGAAAACGUUCCAGAUUUUGUAGUUUUUUCCGUGUGUCAAUCCAACGAACUUCCACAACACUGUGGCAAAGUUUCCUAUUUUCUAUCCAUCCAAUCUAGCAUCUCGGGGGUUGGAGCUUGAUGGGGACAUCUCCCGGACGGGUCAGACCCGUUUUCGGGGGUAGGAAAGUGCGGGCGCGUAUCAUUUUUCUUUUUAGCUGCAACAAUCCAUAUUGUACUUUCACUGAGUAAUUUUACUUAACACACCGUUCUCCGAUAGGUAUUUAAUCAAUUGUUUGACACCAUUGCGUCAUUGUAAUUGUAUUUAUUUAUGUUACAAUUUCCUCUUGUUUGGCGAUUCUGUCGUCGGUCUGUGUUGUUGCAGACACCGAAUAGGUUUUAGAUAGUAUUUGCGAUUGCCGGAUGCAAUGCUAGUGAGUGAUUGUCAGGGAAUGAUUGAAAUGUUUCUGGAAGCAGUGAACGUUUGCUUAACAUCUUCUAAUAAAAAAGAAACAAUAUAAAACGAAACAA